AUGACGGCAGUAGCAAUGCAGCAGCCGGCUAUGGGCCCACGCCCUGUUGUCUCUAUAGCACCAGCUCGUCCUCGCACGAUACAGAAGUCACCAUCCAGCAAGGAGAGCUUGGCCAAGCCCACGUCCAACAACGGUCCAGUAUCUAACAUCCGCUCACGGAGGGAACGCCCUUGUGACGCGUGCAGAAGGAGGAAGAGUCGUUGUGUGAUACACGAGGGUGCUGCACUGUGUGUCUUGUGCGAGUUCCACAAGCAGGAGUGUACCUUUGUGCAAAGCCCACUGCCACGGAAAAGGAAGGUUGUCGACGGCGAGAAGAAGGACUCGCCGAACAACACCAAGAAGAGAUACAUUGGUCUGAGUUCCCCGUUCGAUUCACUACUCAUUGGCUUGUCACAGUUCGAUACCCAUAACGAGUCUACCUUUGACCUUGGCACGCUUCGACGAGUAAACGAUCAUGAAUGUUUCAUUAUGCUACCUGACGAGAAUACACAGGACUUCGCCGGCGAGUCCGAGGCUUUGAACCAGGUUGAGCAGCUCGUGCAUCCACAUGGUCCUGCUUUACUAGAUCUGUACUUCCAAGUAGUACAUCCAAACUACCCCAUCAUUCAAAAGCAUUUGUUCGUCGAGCGAUAUCGCAAUGGCGAUCGAGGCUUCUCACCAGCCUUGUUGGCUGGCAUGUAUAUUCUGGCCCUCAACUGGUGGUCCCUAAACCCUAAACUAGCCAACUACUCCAGGCCGGACGCUGCCCGUUUAGAAGCAAUCGCCAUGAAGGCGCUUUCAUUAGCUAUGGAGCGGCCAAAGCUGUCCACUGUACAGGCAGGCUUGUUGUUGCUGCAGCGUCCUGAAGCGGACUCUUGGAGUUUGACCACACAGCUGGUGGCAAUUGGUCAAGAAUUAGGUCUACAUCUUGACUGCUCAUCAUGGUCUGUUCCUCUUUGGGAGCGCGGCCUGAGGAAGCGCAUCGCAUGGGCGCUGUACAUGCAAGACAAGUGGAGCUCGCUGAUCCACGGCCGACCAUCGCACAUUUUCAACGCCAAUUGGGCAGUGAAACCGAUUAUGGAAGACGACUUUGUUGAAGAAGGAGACGGAUACGAUACACGGCAGGAAGAGACAGAAGAAGAACAGGUGGAAAGUCACCGUGGCCGGAUACUGUAUGCUCAGAUGAUCGCGCUCACGCAAAUCAUGGCUGAGGUCAUGGACACGUUCUACACCCAAACGGCUAUCCACGACUUCGCGAAUGCAGGAAGGAAGUCGACUGAGCUGAUUCUCGCACGCGCCAAGCCUGUGCAGAUCAAGCUCCGUCAGUGGCACGAGAAGCUGCCAGCCGAAGUCAAGAUGAACGCCCCCGACAAGGGCAAACUCACCUCGACGGGCUACCUCCACCUCGCAUACUUUGCGACAGAGAUCACGCUCCAUCGGCGCAUAGUGCAGUCGCUCGACGCGACCAAUCCCGACUCUUACGGUCUCUUUAUGUGCCGCAACGCCGCGAAAACACGGCUGAUCUCCGCUAUGGACUUUGUCAACCGUCUAAAGCCAGAGCACUUGCAAGGUUUCUGGUACUUUGCUUCCAAAGUCAACUUCACGCUUAUCGGUACCUUUGGGUCGCUGUUAUGGGCUACAGCACCUGCCAAGGAGGAAGCCGAGUUUUAUAAGCUCAGGCUGUGCGAAUACCGCUGGACGCUCUCCGUCUCUUCGAAGCGAGCCGACUUCCUCGAGUACGCGGUAUCGAUGCUGGACGCAAGUCGCGCCAUGCUUAACAAUUUGGCGGAAAAGCCCAGUCUUGCCGAACAAAUCAGUAAUGCUGGCGUGCCGCCCGCGGCGCCUCCACGACAAUACAGUUCUUUCUCCAAUAUGGGACCGUCACAGAACCCGAAUGGGGCAGGCAGAUACGAGAUGGAGGAUGUCGAUAUGGGCGAUGAUAAUGAUUUAACGAGGAUGUCAUCGGGCGAUAGCUUCGAAGGCUUCAAUGAUGGAUCUCAGUAUGGCAGUCGGCCACAUACGGCUGGCAGUUCACCCCACUCGAUGUGA